GUGAGCUCCCCGCUUCAAGCACACUCACGCUCAGACCAGCACUUUAUUUUUCAUCAAGAUUUUUUUUUACAUUGUUUUGGAGAAGCCUUGAAUAAUAAACAUAUUUCUGCUUUGAAGUUUUUUAAUUGUUUCUAAAUUCAUGGGGGAAUCAAAGCAAGAGCAGCUCAUGUUUGGGGGAAAAGUCUGAGCCUAGCAACGCCCAGGAAAGAGCCAAAGAUGAUUGUCUUGCUCUACGUUACAAGUUUUGCCAUUUGUGCCAGCGGACAACCUCGGAGUAACCAGGCCAAAGGAGAGAACUACUCCCCGAGAUAUAUCUGCAGCGUGCCUGGCUUGCCUGGACCCCCAGGCCCUCCUGGAGCAAAUGGUUCCCCUGGGCCCCAUGGUCGAAUUGGCCUUCCUGGAAGAGAUGGUAGAGAUGGCAGGAAAGGAGAGAAGGGGGAAAAGGGCACUGCAGGUCUAAGAGGUAAGACUGGACCUCUGGGUCUUGUGGGUGAGAAAGGAGACCAAGGACAGACCGGGAAGAAAGGACCCAUGGGACCAGAGGGAGAGAAAGGAGGAGUAGGUCCAGCUGGGCCUCCUGGACCAAAAGGAGACCGAGGAGAUCAAGGGGACCCUGGGCCACCUGGAGUGUGCAGAUGUGGAAGCAUUGUGCUCAAAUCUGCCUUUUCAGUUGGGAUCACAACCAGCUACCCAGAAGAAAGACUACCCAUCAUAUUUAACAAGGUCCUCUUCAAUGAGGGAGAGCACUACAACCCUGCGACAGGGAAGUUCAUCUGUGCUUUCCCGGGGAUUUAUUACUUUUCUUAUGAUAUCACAUUGGCCAACAAGCACCUGGCAAUCGGGCUGGUGCACAAUGGACAGUACCGGAUAAGGACCUUUGAUGCCAACACAGGGAAUCAUGAUGUGGCUUCAGGGUCCACAGUCAUCUAUCUGCAGCCAGAAGAUGAAGUCUGGCUGGAGAUCUUCUUCAAUGACCAGAAUGGCCUCUUCUCAGACCCAGGUUGGGCAGACAGCUUAUUCUCCGGAUUUCUCCUUUAUGUUGACACAGAUUACCUAGAUUCUCUAUCGGAAGACGAUGAGCUGUAAUCUUGACUGCAGACCUGGAUGUUCUAACACCAUGGUGGUUGACACUUUGAUCUAUCUUGGGUGUUGGAAGUGGAGUAAGUGGGAAGGGGCUCCAAGGAGACCCCUACUCUGAUUACAGAACAUUUAUAGGCAUUCUGGUCGAAUUUAUCAAAACAAGACAAACCACCAACCAGUUGAAAUCACACCAAAAUAAGCAGUGUAUAAUAACCCCAGAUAUGAAUUCUCUUGAAAGUAAUAUUCAUAAAUAUUUAAGCAAAUCAGAGACAAUGUUAACAAAGUUUAAUGGCCCUAGUGCUACAACCAGCUGGCAAUGAUAUUGCCUCAUUAAAUCUUCAUAAAACAACCAGCUUUAUUUGUUAUUUAAGAGAAUCGUAACAUCCUAGACAAUAUCUUUGACAAUUCUCAAGAGUCAAAAACAAAGGUAAGAGAUGCUGAGGACUUUUUAGCAAA